AAACAUAGAAAAUAGGUGCAGGAGUAGGCCAUUCGGCCCUUCGAGCCUGCACCGCCAUUCAAUAUGAUCAUGGCUGAUCAUCCAACUCAGUAUCCUGCACCUUCCUUCUCUCCAUACCCCCUGAUCCCUUUAGCCACAAGGGCCACAUCUAACUCCCUCUUAAAUAUAGCCAAUGAAAUGGCCUCAACUACCUUCUAUGAUAGAAAAUGAUUUUUCUCAUCUCAGUCCUAAAAUAAUUCCCCCUUAUCCUUAAACUGUGUGGCCCCUUGUUCUGGACUUCCCCAACAUCGGGAACAAUCUUCCUGCAUCUAGCCUGUCCAACCCCUUAAGAAUUUUGUACGUUUCUAUAAGAUCCCCCCUCAAUCCCCCCUAAAUUCUAGCGAGUACAAGCCGAGUCUAUCCAGUUUUUCUUCAUAUGAAAGUCCUGCCAUCCCAGGAAUCAGUCACCUAUUUCUUCUCUCCAGAGAUGCUGCCUGACCCGCUGAGUCACUCCAGCGUUUUGUGUUCACCAUCGGCCUAUUCCUGCUCUGUUCGAUGCCUUUAAGAUUUUACACAAAAAAGAGAUGGAAAUGUGUUUGAGAGGGAAUAAUAUCAGUUCAGUGCCUAAGUGACAGAUGCAAUGUGCACCUGGGUCCCAGAGCAGUGAGUUUACAUCCUGUGGUGACAUUAUGUCAGUUGACCUGAGAUUCUGCUGCCAUCCAAAGAAUUUUAAUGGGCAGUGUAGCCACCGAGAGAUGCCACAAGAUCAGGCGAGGUAGAGCCAUCAAUGUUAAUUGUUCCAGCAUGUGCUUUCAAUGGUGUGAUCGGUGUGUGAAACAAAACACUUUGUUCUGCAGCCGUUCUGGUUUAGGUGCGUGCAUGUGUGUGUGUACUUUCCUUCCAAAGCACCGAAUGAGUUACUUAUGAUCCGAAUCAGAAGAUGGACAUAAAGUGAUUUAUUGUCCCUGAAGUUUCCCCGAGCCGACCAUUCACCGGAGUCCCAUCUGUUUAGCCCGCCGCGUACAACAACGACUAAUUGAGUGGUGGCGCUGGAUGGAGGAAUCACACAGUGUUUGUCCUCACCGCUCCUCCAGCCACAAGCUGCCAUUGACUUAUUGGUUCCCAGAGACUCUGUCGUCAAGGCUGAUCUAACCAAUUGUAUGUGGUUAUUGUCACAUAUAUAAUUGGCAUGCCCGUAAUGAUCAGAUUGAAUCGAGGACCAGAAUGAAAGUGGACCGUUCCUGAUUCUGUUUCAACAACAUUAAAACCACUUUGGCAUUAAAAUUAUUUUAUUUUUACAUUUCAGCCGAGAGAAGAAGCAUUGUCCCCGACAUGAAACAGAGGAUGAUCCUGUUGAUCACAGCACUGCUGUCCUUUGAUGCUGCAGCAACAGUCAGCAUUAAUAAUGUGGCACAUAGAUUCAACGAGAAGCAAGUGCCCAUUUUCCGUCCUCAUUUACCCGACAAUAGGGCUCAGGUGAAGUUUCAUUCACGGCCCUUCCCCGUGAAUGAGAAAUACAACGCGGUGAAACCGUAUGCCCACCCCAUCUCCCCCCCUGAAGCCCACAAGGCAGUGGCAUCGUACACCUACCGGGCACCUCCUGACAACAACCCCGAGCUGUCCUACCAUCGACCCCACCCAUUCUACCCCCAGAGCAAGCCGACCUUCACUGGAGACUUUGCCCACCCCUUCUUCCUCAGCUCCCCCCAGAACCACCCGAUGGCCAGCAAUCUCCUGUCGCCGGAUCUCAACCCCGGAGCAUUCCCCUACCCCUUCCCCUUCUCCCUGGCCGCCUUCAACCCCAACAACCACAAGAAGACCACCUUCCCCUCGCCCGAGGUGGAGCCCUACCCCUCCUCCGAGCACGAGUCGGAGGUGGAGUUGUCCCACUCGUCCGACAACGGGACGGAGAUGGAAGCCUACUCUUCGCAGGAGGACGAGGAGAAAGAGCUCGACUCCUCCGCCGAGGACGAGCUGGAACAGGAGAAUUCUUCGGAGAACGAGGCGCUGAAGAAACCUUCACCUGACGAGAUCGUAGCCCGUGGCCCGACCUCAAACUGUCUACUGGGCUGGGUCUACAACAGCGACCUUUCCACCUGCUACAACUUCUACCACAAUAAGAUGAACUGGAUCCAGGCAGAGACCUCUUGCCAAACGUAUGCUUCAGGGGGUCACCUGGCCUCUAUACACUGGGAGGAACACAACCAGUUCAUCCAGAACGUGAUAAAGCACAACAAUGCUGCCCAGGUCAGCACAUGGAUCGGUCUCAGUGACUGUCACAAGGAAGGAGUCUAUCUGUGGACCGAUGGAACGGCAACUGAUUUCACAAAGUGGAACCACGAUCAUCUUGAGGAUAAAGACGAGAGAGAAAACUGUGUGAACAUUAAUUCUGAAGGCAAUGGAGGUAUAUGGGACGACAGGACCUGUUCAGACGACCUUCCCUUCAUCUGCGCCUACAAACUCUUUUGAAGCCAAGAUGCUCCGUGCUUCACUAACUCCAUUGAUUUGCUUGACAAUGCUCCUAUUACAGUCUGUAGUCAUUACAGCUACUCUUCCUAUCAGUAAAUAAUAAAGACAACUGCAAAAUAAUUUGUAUUGUUGGAGUUAAUUUUCUGACAGUCCAGCAACCAAUUUCUUUCAGUAUUGAAUAAGUAUCAACAUUUUAAGACUUUCUACAAAUAAUUUGUAAAAAAAAAAAUACGUGCUUUUUUUUUGGAUGUAGAAACAAGGAACUAGAUGCUGGUUUACCAAACAAAAGUGCUGGAGUAACUCAGUGGGUCAGGCAGCGUCAGUGGCGAACAUAUCCAUGUCCUCCAGAGAUGCUGCCUGACCCAUGGAGUUCCUCCAGCACUCUGUGUAUUUCUUUGAUGAGCUGCAUACCAGUGCGUGAGCAAUAUUAAAGGCAAGCCAGAUAGGUGAUAUUGUCCUCAAAUUGUAAAUAGUUCAGCAUCUUGUCCCAGCGGUUUUGUUGCAAACCUAGAACUCGUUACCUUUCGGAAGCUCAGACCUUUUUGGACAGUGACCAAGCAUCACCAGCAAUGGGACAUUUUACAACAAAAGUUAUGAAGGGUUAGAAAUUGGAUUUAUUGUUAAGGACAAUAAAGGGGGUAAAAUCAAUUGGGUAAAAGUGAAAGGAGUGGAUAGUUUUACAGGCUGGUUACAAUGGGCCGAAUGGCCUCCUUCAGGCAGCAUCAAUGGAGAACAUGUCCAUGUCCUUCAGAGAUGCCGCCUGACCAUGUUGUAUGAUUCUACAACUGAGCAAUCGCAUCCAGAAAUGAUUGGUGCAGCAGAAUAAUAAUUCUACUCUAUUUUGGUGAAGUCGAGUAAGAUGAUGCGGGGAAACACUGUGUUCAUUAUUUUGUAUUAUUAUUACGCAAAAGAUGUACUGUAUAGGUUAAAUAAAUCUGAUUGUAACUGUGGACAAUGUAUGCACACUUGCUGUGAAAUAAAAGGAAGAAUUUGUUGCUGGUCUUCACUUGUUGGGAGUUCACUGCUGUCCGUAUGAGACUGAAGGAACAUGUAGCAAAUAUUUCAACAGGGAAUCAAUGCACAGUUCCCAGCAGGUAAGGUAGAGGUUGAUUGGUGUCAUGUGUACCGAGGUAAAGGAUGAGCUUUUGUCUUAGCACGGAAACAGGCUCUUCAGCCCAGCAAGUCGGCGCUCACCAGCGAUCCCCAUACACUAAUUUACACACACACACUAUAUAUACACACACUAUAUACAUACACACACACACUAUACAUAC